AUGGUUCAGAAAUAUCAGAAGAAUAAGUGGGUUCAUGGAGUAAUAAAGCGACGAAUCGGUCGUGUGAUACAUGAAGUUCAGGUGGGAAAGGAAAUCCUGAGGAAACAUGCAAAUCAGCUGAGGAAAAGAAUCACUCCGAUACGUUGCAAACAAUGUCCUGAUCAGAUUGACUCCGAUACGUUGCAAACAAUGUUAGAAAGUUUGACAUCGAAGAAUUUGGACAACGAAAUGCAGAGGCAGCAACAAAUCCACUGUGUCGGCGAUCGACAGGAUUGUGCGGCCGACGCAAGGAUCGACAUCUCGCCCCAGCAGCAGCCUCGACAACGUCUCGAGGAACGUGAAUUGGAAGGCCGAACGGACCGUGUUGACUGUGGUACCCCGGUCAGCACCAAUCGAAGAAUCACGGACUCGGAGCUCCAUAAUUACCAGUAUUGA